AUGAUAGAGGACUGUGUGAAUGGCCUGGUCUUAGUCUGCUUUGGCUGCUGUACACAAAAUAAUAUAGAGGAGGAGGAUGCUAACAGUCAUGUAAAUCAAUAUCGCACAUGCAGAAGGUCAGUGGUGUUUGUCAUAGAACAUGCUGUAGCCAGGUAUAUGUAUGGUAUUAGCUUGGAAAAGGUCCACACCAGUGCUCCCUCUUCCACGAAGGAAACACAUCUGGGUAAACUGUCUGUUCGUGUACUGCAAGCUGUAUUGACUGCAAGUUCAGGAGAGCGUGUGCACGUUUCUCUGACUAUCUUGUACAUAAACAAGUCAUUCCUUUUGAUGUCAGGCAGUGUGCUCAGCCACCCAGCCCCUGACCUCUGGACACUAAAGCUACCGAAAACCGUCUCACGUCAUAUAAUUUUUAAGCGGCGGCCUCCUCUUGGGUCCCUGGACGAGGACUGGGGGACGCCCAUCGAAGAUGAUAUAGAUUUCCAAAAGCCACCUCCCCCCCCUCCCCCUCAUCCAUCCGUCAGCUCAAGUAUCACAGGGAGUGAAGUGUCGCAAGACUAUGCAGGGAAUGCCGAGCCCCUUAAGCACCCGAGCGACAUCUACAAAGAGAAAGCAACAGGUAACAGGAGCAUCAAAGCAUAUCCUCACGCGCCUCACCCUGCCCCUCGGCCGCACCCCUGCACCUCAUCCCUUCCCCUGCCCCUCGGCCCCUCCCCUGCCACGCGGCCCCACCCUUGUCCCUCGGCCUCUCCCUUGCCCCUCGGCCCGUCCCCUGCCUCACCCCUGCCCCUCGGCCCCUCCCCUGCCACGCGGCCCCACCCUUGUCCCUCGGCCUCUCCCUUCCCCCUCGGCCCGUCCCCUGCCUCACCCCUGCCCCUCCCGUCCCCUGCCUCACCCCUGCCCCUCGGUCCCUCUCCUGCCACGCGGCCCCACCCUUGUCCCUCGGCCUCUCCCUUGCCCCUCGGCCCCUCCCCUGACUCUCGGCCCCACCCCUGCCCCUCGGCGUUGAUAAAUCGUGUGGUAGUAGUAUUUGUCAACAGCGACACGAAUCAUCUAUUUGUUUCCGAUAAACAGGAGUUUCGAAUACUGAAAAAAGGAGGAUAA